ACAACCACAACCACAACCACAACCCACCAUGGCGACAGUCACUGAAACCGCAUCAUUGCCCUCUUUUGCCAAACUCCAGCUUCGCACGGCCUAUGGACCAGUGUAUCGGAGUGUAUCGACAAACCCACCACGAGAAAGCCGCGACGAUGAAAUCCCCCUGAUCGACAUCAGCCGGAUAUACGGCGACCUCGAUGCGCGAAAGAGUCUUGCCCAGGACAUCAAGCACGCCGCGCAGAAUAACGGCUUCUUCUACAUCAAGAACCACGGCAUCCCCGAGGCCGCCAUUGAAGGUGCUCUGGACGCAUCGAAGACAUUCUUCGCCCAACCCGAAGAGCAGAAACAGCUCGUCUCCAAGUCCAAAGGCAAAUGGUACAAUGGCUACAGCGCGAAGAACACAGCCAUGGCCAGUCCGACCGAGGGACUGGACUACCGAGAGUCAUUCAGCUGGCGCUACGAACCUCAAUACGACCCCGACCCAAAAGAUCCCGCCGCCGUCCCACCAGAAGUCAAGCCCUUCAUCCGCGGAGAAGACUACGUCUGGCAAGGCACAUCGCACCUCCCAGCUUUCAAGGACGGCUGCAUCACAUACUGGCAGGAAUGCCUCAAACUGGCGCGAAGGCUCGUCCGGAUCUUCGCUCUCGCACUCGAUCUCCCGGAAGAAUACUUCGACUCCGUCACUACGUACCCUGGAAGUGACGGCGUUUUCAACUAUUACCCUGCAAUGUCCGCCGAAGAAGCCGCCAGCAGCCAGGAUAUCGGGCUGGGCUCUCACACGGACCUCCAAUGCUUCACACUACUCUGGCAAGACAUGAACGGCGGUCUUCAAGUGCUCAACAAGGACGGACAGUGGAUCAAGGCUUCUCCGAUCCCAGGCACCUUUGUUGUCAACAUCGGCGACUAUCUGAUGCGUCUGACAAACGACCGGCUGAAGUCGACCGUGCACAGAGUGUAUAAUCGCGCCACUGUUGAUCGGUAUUCGAUGCCCUUCUUCUUCGGCUUCAACUUCAACGAAAAGUGUGGCGUGCUGCCCAGCUGCGUGGAUGAGAACAACCCGGCCAAGUACGACCCAAUCUCCUGCGGUGACUGGUGUCAAUUGCGAUUCCAGCAAACAGAUGUUGAAUGCAAGGUAGCUGCCUAUUAAGGAAGAACAUUAUGACUCUCACAUCCCUUACGGCCCUCGUACAGGCCCAAAACGGGCGGUUCCUGGCGUGCGAAGUCUUGCUAUCAUUGUUAUUACCAUGGGCCAGCGGGGGUAGUCAUUAUUGUCUACAGGCACAGCCGAAGAGCUCUUUAACUUGGAGGAGAAGAUCGCUAGUUGAAAGAGCGUAGCACGUAGAAUGCCGGAGAAUGCUAGCCCUUGCCUCCAGCGAGGAAUUUUUUGUACAUCAUAC